CCCCGCCCUCCUGCCGGCGCUCGGGGCCAGGCCGGAUUCACACCCCGCCCUCCCCUGCGUCCCCCGGUGCCCGCAGCCGGGCCUGGCUCGCCGCCGCCCCAGGCUGCCCCCUCCCUGCUGGGCGCCAGGCCUCCUCCCUGCGUCUCCCGCUGCCGCUGAGCCAACUCGCUCCGGCCGUGCGGCCCCCGACAGCCCGGCUCGGGCUCUGCGCUUUGUCCUGCGCCCUCCCUCGCCCGCGGUGGGGAUUCCCGGCUCCAAGGCAGCCUGAGCCCCGCCGGUGAGCCUAGCUGCGCUGCCCACGUCCCUGGGGGUGCCCCAGCGCGGCUCCCUGGGUGGAGGAGGCCCUGCCCCCGUCCGCGCUGCGGGGCACGUGCCGGCGUAACCCCCGCGUGUAGACGCAGGCGGCCGCGAUGGAAAGCGUUACCGGCCGUUGUAGGAGCCCCCAUCCCAGAGCGAUGGUAGCGGGGUCCACAGAAGAAUUCUUCCAUCGAUCUUGCUGCCUCUGCACCAGGGCUAGGGUGCUGUAGAUGCGCUCGAGGGUGUGGAUUUUUCAUACCCCUGAGCCUGGCCACUAUGUCAAUGUAGAAUAUUAAGUGUGGACCAGGACCCCUAGUCCAGUGGUUCUCAAAGCCCGUCCGCUGCUUGUUCAGGAAAAGCCCCUGGUGGGGGGGCUGGUUUGUUUACCUGCUGCCCCCGCAGGUUGGGCAGAUCACGGCUCCCACCGGCCACGGUUUGCUGCUCCAGGCCAAUGGGGGCUGCGGGAAGGGUGGUCAGCAUGUCGCUCGGCCCUUGCUGCUUCCCGCUGCCCCCAUUGGCUUGGAGUGGCGAACCACGGCCAGUGGGAGCCGUGAUCUGCCCAACCUGUGGACGAAGCAGGUAAACAACCGGUCUGACCCGCCAGUGGCUUUCCCUGAACAAGCAGCAGACCGGCUUUGAGAACCACUGACCUAGUCUAUCUACCCUCUCCUUCAAAUUUUUUCUCAGGACCCAUUUUUACGGUAGUGCCUGCAGUAAAUUAACCAGCUACAUUUAACGGGAUCAAGAAGUAGCUGGGGGUUGCUGAUAAUUAUUUGAAAAGGUCAGAUUCAGUAAAACACUUAAAAUAUUUUAUUUAAUCCCUCUCCAUCGUCCUCUGUAUGUUUACUGUUUUAAAUUGUUCAUGUCAAGGUCUGUUUCUCCUCUGUGUGUGGAUAGGACCCACCUCAUUAUUACCAAAAUGGCAGUAGUAAAUGUAAAAUCCAUACAAAUAAUAUUUUGUUUCUUUGAGCUGUUUUGCACCGACUAAAUUAGGUGCUAACAUGCUGACAGUCAUGAAUGCUACUAGAUUUCAAGGACUCAACAUAUCAUUUUUGAGGAUUGUGGAUCAGAUGUGUAUCUGUGCAGGGCUCUAUUUGUAAUUGUGCUCUGCAGGGCAAAUCUAGUCAUCUUCUCAAUGACCACUUAGAACUCUUUAGCAAUAGAAUGGAAACUUCAUCCCCUGGAAGAAGCAGAGAUCCAGGGACAGUCCCUGAGCUGGUGUAGCUCCAUUGAAGCCAACAGUGCUAUGUUGACUUAAAGCAACUGAUGAUCUUGCUCCAGGUCUGUAAUAUGAUGGAAAUAUGGCUAGAGGAUCUGCUACUACAUGGAUCACACUCUUCUUCUCCUCCACCACCACCCUCCUUGGGGUGAAGAAAUAAGGACCAGGGCAGAUGAUUUAUCUUUUUCCCACUCCUCUCCACACAUCUACGUAGUGCCUGGCCCAGCUUCUCAGAAGGUUCUGAUGCAGGUAUUAGGAAAUCCUUUUCAAUGACUUAUUGCUUACAUCCUGGGGAUGGAGUCCACUGUCAAAUGGUGAGACUGCUCUGCCUCUUUGUCCUUGAACAUUGAAUCCAUCUGAAUAUUGCACCUCUUCGAGUUUCUCUUUGGAUGGAUAACUUGAGCUAGGGACCCCAAUAGAAACAAACCCGCAGAUGCCUUUAAUAAAGGGCACUUUUGGGUGCAAAUCUGAGGAAAGAUCAAGAAGGGCUAGAAGAUGAACUCAGCUGAAUUCAAUGAUGAUGACGAAGUUAAAAUUAUAAAAAAUAAUCUUGUGAAAGUAGAAACAGAAAAUGAAGAUGAAGCACUAGACUGCUCCGUGACAUCCAGAUCUCCUGAGAAACACUCACUGGAUGGCUUAGUUACUUGCCUACACGAUUCCAACAAACGGAAACAGAUCUCACUUGGUUGUGAUGGUUCAGGGAGCCAGCAAGAGGUUUUGCCCAGUGUGAAGAAAAGACGCUUUAUUCAAGAGGGCCUCAUUUCAAACAUGAAGAACCGAGAUAUUGGGUCACCCACUCAGGUAAACGUAGAGCAGCCUAACAAGAACAAGAAUCCCAAUAUAACGUGGCUGUGUGAAGAAGAACCCUUCAAUGACGUGACUACUCCAUCCUAUAAGAAACCUCUGUAUGGCAUCUCACACAAAAUUACAGAGAAGAAGAGCAUACCAGGGGCAGAGCAGUUUUCUUAUGAGCUGUUUGAAAAGGUCAAUCCAAGCAGCCCCUCCCAUCUGCGGAGUUUGAGCGAUCAACGCAAAAGGGAUUCUGCUGCUACCAUCACUGUUACAGCUUCCACUGCAGAUUCUGAUCCCAACAUAUAUUCUUUGAUACAGAAAAUGUUUUACACCCUCAACACCCUGAAUUCCAAUAUGACUCAGCUUCACAGCAAGGUUGACCUGUUGUCUCUUGAGGUCAGCAGAAUUAAAAAGCAUGUCAGCCCAACAGAGUCUGUAGCAGAGUUCAGACCUCCCCCAGAGUACCAGCUGACCGCUGCGGAACUCAAACAGAUCAUGGAUCAGAGCACCUCAGGUGGAGAUUUGGCUUGCCGGUUACUAGUGCAGCUUUUCCCAGAGCUCUUCAGCGAUGAUGAGUUCAACAGGAGCUGCAGCACGUGUGGCUUCCUUAACAAAAAGAAACUUGAAUCGCUUCACCUGCAGCUUAUCCGAAACUAUGUGGAAGUUUGUUAUCCUUCUGUGAAGAACAAUGCUGUGUGGCAGGUGGAGUGUUUGCCCCAAGUUAAUGACUUUUUCAGUAGAUUUUGGGCACAAAGAGAAAUGGAAAAUAGUCAGCAAAGUGUGCAGUCAUCCAGUUUUUAUGAGGCUGAGCAGGUAGAGUCCUCUCAUUUCAUUGAGGAUAAAGAGCAGGAAGAAGCUUUGUCUCUGGACAGGGAUAAUGCCACCACCUCAGAUUAUGUUCUGGAUGCUCAGGAUCUCAAUGAAUUUUUAGAUGAAGCUUCAUCCCCUGGGGAAUUUUCUGUGUUUUUGUUACACAGAUUGUUUCCUGAGCUCUUCGAUCACAGGAACCUGGCUGAAAGAUAUAACUGCUAUGGAGAUUCUGGGAAGCAAGAGCUGGAUCCUCAUCGACUUCAGAUAAUUCGAAGGUACACAGAAAUUUACUUUCCUGAUGUGCAAGAAGAGGAGGCAUGGUUGCAGCAGUGUGCCCAGCGAAUAAAUGAUGAGCUUGAAAGUAUGUAUAUGGAUGGGAGUGAGUGUGAACAGAUGAGAGACGACUGCUAUGAUUCUUCUAGUUUGCCUGAUGAUGUGUCUAUCAUAAAAGUGGAAGACAGCUUUGAAUAUGAAAGGCCAGGAAGAAGGUCAAAAAAGAUUUGGCUUGUGCCCAUAGACUUUGAUAAACUUGACAUUCCCCCUCCCGAUUUUGAUGUUCCUAUCCCAGAUUACCUGUUGAACAAGGAACAAAUUAAAAAUAUAUAUGAAAGCAGUCUGUCCAUAGGAAACUUCGCAUCUCGAUUGCUUGUUCACUUAUUCCCUGAACUGUUUACUCAUGAAAAUCUAAGGAAGCAAUACAACUGUAGCGGAUCACUAGGCAAGAAACAACUUGAUCCAACCAGGAUUAAAUUAAUUCGACACUAUGUGCAAAUAUUGUACCCAAGAGCAAAGAACGAUAGAGUAUGGACAUUGGAAUUUGUUGGGAAGCUUGAUGAGAGAUGUCGACGCAGGGAUACCGAACAGAGGCGCACAUACCAACAGCAGCGGAAAGUUCAUGUGCCAGGACCUGAGAGGAGAGAAUUUCUUACCUAUGCAAUAAACCCAGAAAGAUUCAGAGAAGAGUUCGAAGGGCCACCACUGCCGCCAGAAAGAAGCAGCAAAGAUUUUUGCAAGAUACCACUUGAUGAACUUGUUGUUCCUUCUCCAGACUUCCCUGUGCCUUCUCUGUACAUGCUAUCUGAUAAAGAGGUAAGAGAGAUAGUUCAGCAGAGUCUUUCUGUGGGAAACUUUGCUGCCAGGCUUCUAGUAAGACUCUUUCCAGAGCUCUUUACUCCAGAGAAUCUUAGACUGCAAUAUAACCAUUCAGGUGCUUGUAACAAGAAGCAACUUGAUCCCACCAGACUCAGAUUGAUCCGUCAUUACGUUGAAGCAGUUUACCCCGUGGAGAAAAUGGAAGAAGUGUGGCAUUAUGAAUGUAUACCAAGCAUUGAUGAAAGAUGCCGACGUCCCAACAGGAAAAAGUGUGAUAUACUGAAAAAAGCCAAGAAAGCGAAAAAGUGACAGGCUCUCUAAAUUCUUCAGACUUUGACCACUAAAUUAUUUGGGAAGAGCAUAUUUUGUUCUAGACUGGGAGCCUGAUCUUACUAUGGAAUCUAAGGACGAUCAGCCCCUAGGAAUAUUGGGCGCUAAGAUUGUUACUUUUUAAUACGUGUGUUGCACACACAAGGGCACUGCAACAGUGGGCAGUGGUUUACUACAUUUGUACGUGAUAAAGACCAUAAAUGAUCAGUGAUGAAGUCACUAAUGACUCAUUAAGAGCAUGACUUUUGCUGGUGCAAAUACAUGUAUUAAGUGUAUUAGUCCUCUCCCCACUUUUGCAUCUUCCAUUUUUAUCACUUUUUUAAUAAUAAAAAACCUUUUUAAAAAUCAUUGUGCUCUUCAGGGGCAGUUUUGCAUUAAACCCUUUUAAACAUCAAGGUUAAAUAAUUUGGAAUCUGAAUUAUUUUUUAACGUGCAAAUUUUGUUUUUGAAAGUACCAUGUUCAUUGAGAACAAUUGAAACAUCUGACUUGGUUACUACAGUAAUUACAGCUAUCCCUUUGUUUUGUUCUUGAUGAUAAUGAAAACAACACAAGGUCAAUACUGGGUCAAAUGUAAUUUCCUUUUUAACUGUUACCCAUGUAUUAUUUCCUUUGCUAUAAGAACUAAGACUUGAUUAGACACAAUGUGUUUUUACACUUAGACCGUAGACCUGAUCCUUCACCCUUACUCAUGUACGUUAUUACAUUGUCUUCAGUAUGACUACUGGGAACUGCUUCAGUGAAUAGGGUUACAAAACAGAAUCAAGUCCUUUACCAGCAGACUGUGUUGCUAUUGCUUGUUAGUCUCUCUUUAGAAAAAGUACUUGAAACAAGGAAUGUAGAAAAACAUUUAAGUCCUUAUUCUUCAUCAGAAUUAUGAUUCCAAAGUUUCCAGUAUUAAAUCAAAUAUGUAAUAAGUAAAAGGUAAAUACAAAGAUUUGAUUCUGUGGUAGAGUUGAAUGCUGCAGGGUCCCCACCUGUUAGCAGUGGUGAUAGGGUGUGUUUGUGUGAAUACAGCACAACCUGGAGUCUCUGAAUGUCAUAGGGAUAUUGAAAAUUCCUUUGAUUAUCCAAACUGAUUUAGUGUAAUUAAUAGCUAUCUGGAAGUGUAAUCUUGUAUGAUUAACUUAGGUUCAGAUGAUCAAGAUUGCAUUGUUAAUAUUAUCAGUUAUAAAGAAGAACAUCCUAACUCCAUUGUGACUUCACAGUUUGUGAUCUGUCCUUGGAGAGUGCUACAUUAAAAUCAGAAACUGAUUUUCCUCUCAGUUACGUAGCAGUAAAGCAGGAUGUCCGUUGAUGUCAACAGUGUGAGAGAAUCAAGCCUUCCAUUAGAUUUAGUCAUGGCAGUGAUCAUUUAACACUGACCAUCCCUUGAACAUCUUGAGAUUUGUUGAGGUUUUCUGUGGUCCUCUUGUUAUUUACUUAGAUGGGUCAUAGUAUCACAUUUCAGUUAAGCCCCAGUGUAAAUUUUUAUUUUAGCAAUUAUAUUAAACUACAAAAUACUUGAUUUUUUACUUUAUUUAAUUUUAGAAUUUACUGUUCUCAGAAUCAUGUUGACCCCUUCCUUUUAAAAAAAAAAAUAUUUUUUUUCUAAUGGCAAGAAUUAGCAAAGUUAUUUUACAGUGUUAAAGCAGUAGUAAGUCACAGUAGAUAGAAGUAUUCACUCAUUUUUCCCUAUGUGCUAGCAACAUCCUAAAAGAAUGUAUGAUGAGAGUCAUGAUUGCCCUGAAUAAUCUAAUACUGUUUAAAUUCACUUAAAUGUUUCCUGUUGGCAUAAUAGCAGACCAUGUGCAAAAUGGAAAUCAGCACAAAUAUGGCUAUUAAUAAAAUGAGAACAUUUUACCAAAGAUAAUGAACUUAUACCACAGUCUCUGCAGCCUAUCUUUCAUUUUAGUACAUAUUUUUAGCAAACUGAAUUUCAGAAAUGCAAGGUUUUUUAUAAUUAUAUGCUACCUAGAACCUCUUUGUGAACUAUUAUACAUGCAUUUUUAUGGACUAUAUAAAAUGUCAUGAAAAUGGUAAAAGUCUUUUAAUUUAGAGUGGAAAAUGGCUAGCAUUUAUUCUGCAUCCCAAAAGGUAAGGAAUGUUAUAUGCAGAUUUUCUUUAUAGUUUAUUUAUCUUAAUGUCACAUUUGUUUCAACAAUAAAGUAUGUCAAAUCCCGUUGAGGACUUAAACAUAUCUUAAACUUGCACAUGGUUGGUAAAGAGAUUAUGUGAACGUACAGAAUUUUCUACCUAACAACAUACAAUUUUAAGAUAUGUUGACAUUUUUAAUGAGUUUUGACAUUCAUUUGGUACAAAUGAAUCUGUUUAUAUGACACACUGAUCAAUAUAUGAGGGGUUUUAUUUUUAAAAAAUUACAUUAUCAAAAGUGAACAUGUAAUAGCUCAACAGAAAUGGUCUUUUUCUCAACUUCUAGUCAAAUUACUGUAGUCUGCUUAUAUAUUAUACAUCCUUCUGAUUUGAUUGUCUUGUUGGAUUGCCCACAAUCUUUUUAAAAUUGACAAGAAGUUUGACAUUCUUUUGAAAGGCCAUUUGAUAUAAAGGCAAUAUACACAUGAAAAGUGACGGUUAGUUUGCAAAAGAAAUUCCUUGAGGUGCAUUUGGAAGUGAAUUCAUCCAAUUGGUUACGUAAUGAAAUGUAUAUAUUGUUACAAAAGAAAUGCUGGCUCAUGAUUGGCUAUGAACAGACAUAAACUGUAAGUUUCUAUUAUUUAACUUUUCUAAGGUCUGUUACUAAGAUCUGGAGUAACAUUAACCAGUCAGACUGAAUACACAAGUGAGGGCAUCUUGAUUAGCUGCAACUGCUCUAAUGUCAUCUCCCGUUUAGAAUAUUAUUUUAAAAGGACAAACACUUACUGAUUUCAAACUUAGGUUAUCCGGAGAGAUUUCCAGAUAUUAAAUGAAAACAUUCAGAACAUAUGUAACCAUACACACACUGACUUCUUAUUAGCUAUACAUUGUUUUACUUCAGUAAAUCCUGUUGAGAUGAAUGUCAAAAGUCUAAAUAUCUGCUUAUUAUAACUUUAAUAUAACACUUUUGGUAAGUAUUGAACAACUCUCUCCUACAGUGAUUCUCAAGGAAACAGCAUAGUAUUCAAUGACUAUAUUUUCCAGUGUGACUGUCAGAAUUUUUCCAACAGAAAAAGGGUCUGCAAGCCUGCUAUGAAAUUAAUGUAAAAUUUUUUUUUAUUUUUUUUUGGUGUCUCACCAAUUUCACACAAAUGAAACACUUAACUAAGGAACUGUGCAAGGGUUUAAAAUAUAUGUAUUCUUUUCUGAAAUUUGAAGGGGAAAAUGAAACUACUGCUUAGAAGUUCUUGCAGUUAUCCAGGGAAUCUGGCAACUGUAUUAGCAGGGAAAUGCAAAUAGCAUGUUUUUGAGAGGGAAAAAUACUUCCUAUUUGAAAGGAUUAUAUUUGAUUACUAUUAAGAGUAAGAUGUAGCCCUGAGCAUUUUGUCAUAAUUUUGUGUUAUUAUGAAUAAAAAAGUGCUUUCUCAUCUUAGGAACAAUGUUCAGAAGCAGUUCUAUUUUUCUAUCUUCAAGUUAAGAUAGUUUGUACAUCAAUUUUAUUUCUGAACGCAUUUCUUUUAAAUUCAGCCAUAUCUUGUUUUACUAUUGUGUAAUAUUUUUGUUCCAGUGGUACCCAGAGGCCCCAAUCAGGAUCAGGGCACUCUAUUGCUCAGUACUGUACAAACACAUGAAGACAUCACUGCACUGAAGAUCUUGAAAUCUAAGAAAAAAACCUGAGACUAGUUCAAGCUCUGACUUCAAGAGUAACUCACUGAAAUACGGGGGAUCGCUAUUGACACAAAUGAUGUAUUGUUUGGAUGCUAUAACUUUCUUUUUCCAAGUCAGUUGUUCUCAUUGUUACCACUAUUCAGUUGGCUGCUAAUGCAAGUAUAAACUUUUUCCAUCCAUAUCCCAAAGAUGCUCUUUCUUAAAAAGUAUGUUUUGGGUGCUUUUACUGCAAAUCUGAAUCCUGUUUUUGCUCCCUCCCUAACUCCAUGCUCCCACGUGAUUAUCAUCCAUUCCUGGGAAUCUUUUCUUCAUGUUGGGCACUACUGCCUGUCCAUGGACACUGAUUCUACAGACACAUUUCAGUUGUGAAUCAGCUGUCUACUGUCUCUCUUACCUUGGCACAUAAGGUGUGCUUUCAUUACCUAGCCACAGCAAAUCUGAGGAGAGAACUUCAAGAUCUGCCCUACAGUGCUUUCAUAAACUUCAUUUUGUUUCUCUCACCCCAUGAGACCCAUUCAAAUAAACCUAUCAUUAU